AUGGCUCUGAUGGCUGAAGUUGGGAGCUAUCUGGGAGUCCUGGACCCCGACAUCCACGCCGUGUCUCUGGGGAACGUGCCCGGCCUGGCCCUGGCCGACUCCCCCGGCUUCCUGAGCGAGAGGUUGGGGCAGAUCGAGGGGCGGCUGCAGAGGGGGACCCCCACCGACUUCGCUCACCUCAAAGGUAUCCUCCGGCGCAGACAACUGUACUGCAGAACGGGAUUCCACCUCGAGAUGUUCCCCAACGGCACUGUGCACGGCACCAGGCAGGACCACAGCAGGUUCGGCAUCCUGGAGUUCAUCAGUCUAGCAGUUGGGCUGGUCAGUAUACGAGGAGUUGACUCUGGACUUUACUUGGGGAUGGACGAGAGAGGCGAUCUCUAUGGGUCGAAAAAAUUGACACCCGAGUGUGUUUUCCGGGAGCAGUUUGAGGAGAACUGGUAUAACACGUACGCCUCCACCCUAUACAAACACUCUGACACGGGGAGACAUUAUUACGUGGCUUUGAAUAAAGAUGGAUCCCCACGGGAAGGAUACAGGACUAAACGGCAUCAAAAGUUCACUCACUUUCUACCCAGACCCGUGGAUCCUGAAAAAGUGCCAACUCUGUACCGAGAUCUCUUGAACUAUAGCUGAUAAACUGCGUUGCCUCGGGUGCGUUGUACAUAGACGGGAGGGCUUUAGCUACGACUGGGGAGCAGUACAAACAAGGACCACUUUGGGCCACUCCUGACGACAAGGAUGAUCACUUAAAAGUCGCAUCCGUUCCACUAUUUAAUACUCGCGGGCUAUUAAAUCAAAAACAGUGCACAGCCCCAUGUCUGGUGUGCUCACAUUUCUACUCGCCACGGAAACUUGCUUGUGGACGAUGGUUUUUGAAGAGGAGGGAGAACACACAGAGCCUCCUGGACAAUGGUUAGAAAGGGAAUUCGAAGAGACCACUAAGUGGUGACAAACGCUGCUGCAAAUAAUGGAGCUUUGAGCUUAAAAAAUAUAUUUAUCAAAAAGUCAAUAUAUUUUGAUUCUGCGGUUGAGACCCUGCUGAAAGCAGAUAUUUACCAAACUCCGUAGAAGAGCCAACAGGAUAUAACAUUCCCAGUGUUUGGAAUAGGCUGACAUUACCACGGACACUGUACAAUCGGUCAAAACUAUUUAUGGAAACGUCAAUGUUAUAUUUAUUUUAUAUAUUUAUUUAUUACAUAGAACUAUAUUUUUAAUGACAAUGU